CACACUGCUCACCUGUGUGUCAAUCCUCUGCAGAGAAGGCUGUGCCGAGGGCUGCCUAUAAAUGCCAGGGCCGCACAGCCCUGCCAGUGCACUGUGUCUCCUUGGCUCUGAGUACAAGAAGAUGGCAGCUGAAAUGUCACAGCUGGAAAGCAGCUUAAACACCAUUAUCGACACCUUCCACCACUACUCUACGAAAGAGGGGCACAAGGACACCUUAAACAAGAAGGAAUUCAGCGGUCUGGUGAAAACUGAGCUGCCAAACUUCCUUAAGUGUGAGAGUAGGGACGAAGCAGAGAUAAAUGAUAUCUUGGAGGACCUGGACACGAACCAGGACCAGCAGCUGAGCUUCGAGGAGGUCAUCAUGCUGUUCGCCAAGCUGAUUAAUGCCACCCACGAGAAGAUGCACGAGGGGGGUCACCACCGUGGCCAUGACCAUAGCCAUGGGCCAGGCCUUGGAGAGGGCGGCCAAGGCAAGGGUUGCUAGUAAUCUGGAGACCAGGCCACCUACCCUUGCCUGACCAGGUGCAUGAAAAGUGUGUCACAUCAUCUUAAAUGUGGGGCUGGGAGGGGGUAAAUAAAGUUGUCCUAUACGC